AUGCCAGCAUCCAAGAAGGAUUUUACAGAACAAUCACAACCACAACAACAGAAUACCAACGGAGGCUCAUCCUCUCUCGGAAACGCCGAAAAGGCUCCAUCAAAAUCUGCAUUAGCCUCUGGUCAAUAUGAGGAUGAAGGAGAAGGAGCUCACUUUGUGGAGGGAAUUCCAAUUGAUAAGACAAAAUUGACUCGGGCCGAUAUCAAAAUGUUGCAUAAGGAUGAAGUGAAACAAGCUCAGAAAGAGCUCGCCAAAAUACCCAAGCCAGAAGUGUUUGCCAAUCAUGCAGAGUUGAGCUUUUUUGGUGCUUCGGGAACAGUUACUGGUUCAAAACAUAUGGUUACGUAUGGAAGUUUGAAUGUUUUGAUUGAUUGUGGAAUGUAUCAAGGAUUGAAAGAACUCAGAGAGAGAAAUUGGAAAAUUAUUUCAUCAUCAAGACCAGUCGAGACCAUGUGUGAUGCAAUUAUUAUUACUCACUCUCACUUGGAUCACACAGGUUAUCUUCCCAGAAUGUAUGCUCUUGGAUUUAAUGGUCCAAUUUACAUGACAGAACAAACCUAUAAUUUGGCGGAAUUGAUUCUGCUCGACUCUGCUCGUCUUCAAGAAGAAGAUGCACACUAUGCAAAUCGCAAAGACACAACCAAGCAUGCAGUAGCUCUUCCAUUGUACACUGAAGACGAAGUGAUGGGUGUUCUCAAAUUAGUUAGAAAAGUCAAAUAUGGAGAAAAGGUGGUGGUAAAGAGCAGACUUGAGGAAGACAAAUUCUCUUUCAAGUUUUUCAAUGCGGGACACUUGUUAGGAUCCUCGUUCGUGGAGAUAACUUUCCCCACACAAGAAAAGGUCAUAUUUUCUGGAGACUUGGGAACUUUUAAAACGCUGUCACCAAUGCAACAACAUCCACAUCUUCCCUUAGGAGCAGAUUAUGUUGUUUGUGAGGCCACAUAUGGAGGAAAAUCGCAUACCGAUUUUGCCACCACAAAAGCGUCAGAAGAUAUCAAUUAUGUGAUUGAAACAAAAGUCAAACCAGUAUUGAAACAAGCCGUGCAACAUAUUGUCGACAAUGAUGGUGUCAUGCUUAUUCCUGCAUUCGCCAUUGGUCGUUCUCAAACUAUUGCCUAUUACCUCCUUAAAAUGAUGAGAGAUAAGGAAAUUCCAAAGCUACCAGUGCAUAUGAACAGCCCAAUGUCUGUUGAAGCCUUAGAUUUUUACCAGCAACACUUAUUGGAGGAACAUCAAAAGGAUGCACAUGAAUUGCUUAAAGAUGUCAUUUGUCACAACAGCUCCAAAGAGUCAAAAGAUUUGCAUCAAAAGAUUAUGGAUGGCUAUACUAAAUGUAUCAUCAUUAGCAGUAGUGGUAUGAUGACUGGUGGUCGUUGCUUAUUCCACUUUGAAGAAUUGGCACCCCAUGAAAAGAAUGUUGUGUUGAUUAGCGGUUUCCAAGCAGAAGGAACCAGAGGAAGAGAUCUACUUAAUGGUGUGAAAAAUAUCAAAUUACACGGCAAGACAGUCAAUGUCAAAUGUCAAGUCAUGCAAGUAUCUGGAUUAUCUGCACACGGUGACACUGAAGAUGUCAUCAAGUGGAUUGAGGCUGCAAAGAAGCCAAAGCCAAAGAUGGUCUUUGUUGUCCAUGGAGAACCAAACUCUCUUCGUAAAAUGGCUCGAGAAAUUUGCUGUGAAUUGAAUCUCAAUGCUCUCGUUCCAAAGAGAGGUACAACAUUCCACAUGAAAACAGAGGCACUUGUGUGUCAAAGCAGACGAUCAAGUAUUGCCUCAACGACCACUAGUUUACAAGAUAUGAUCAGUAGUAAUUUACCUGAAAUGCCUCAAAUUGGACGUACGAAAGCUGUCAAUUUCAUGUAUGCUGGAAUUAUUUUGAUUGCAUUAAUUGCUUUUAUUUUGAGAUUCUUCUAA